AAGAAAUUUGACGUUUACUAAUAACCUAAAUAUAUAAGUCGAAAAAUGUUUGUGAAACGAAAGGGCGAGUCGACGGAAAGCGACGCGAAGCGAUUGAAACGGGAAAAUUGUCCGCAUUCCACGAGAUGUUACAGGAAAAAUCCUCACCAUUUUAGGCAGUUCGAGCAUCCGCAUUUGCUGGAACUGAUCGCAAUGGGCGAUAAGAUCGAAAUCCCGAGCGAUUUUCCCCAAUCUAAAGAUGUUUAUUUAGAGCAGAUCGGUAUCCUGAAACCGCUGGUUCGAGAUCGAUCGCAGAAACUUACUCCACCAUCGGAUAAGAAGAAACCGGACAUUCCACAAGCUCCAGCUAAACCGAGCUGUUCCACCCACGAAAGCUCAAUAGAUUUAACCGUCGACAACGCAGUAAAAGUCCAAUCGGAAACCACGAUGGAGAAAAUGAACCGAACGGCUCCUUACAACGUAUUCUUCACGACCGUCAACAAAUCACCCGAAACCCAACUACAAUCCAACAGCAUCACCUUCACGGACCUACUCUGUCCCAGUUUAGGCGCCCUCAAAUGUUCAUUACAAAUCAACUUCAUGAUCGACAUCGAUUGGCUGCUCAAACAGUACAAGGCCAGAAACUUGCACUCGAAACCGCUCACGAUCCUCUACGGAGACGACUGGCCCGACAUGGAGAAGUUCAUUCGCACGUUCUGCCCGAACGUCACCAGUAAAUUGGUGAAAAUGAAAGACCCCUUCGGCUGUCACCACUCCAAAAUCGGGCUGUAUAUCUACGAGGACGAGUCGAUCCGAGUGGUCGUAUCCACUGCGAAUUUGUACUACGAGGACUGGAAUCACUACAAUCAAGGAUUGUGGAUCAGUCCCGCUUGUAAACGAUUAUCGAACGAUUGUAAAGAGACAGACGGUGAAUCUCCUACCAAAUUCAAAUCGAAUCUAUUGAACUACUUGAGAUCGUACAAAGAACCGAUACUCGACAGCUUCAUCGAGCAAGUAAAGAAAGCCGAUUUCAGCGAUGUAAAAGUGUUUCUAGUGUAUUCGAGUCCCGGAAAACACUACCCGGAGUCCAACGGAUGUCAUUUGCACUGCGUCAGCGAUUUGUUGUCUCGUCAUUGCGAGCUACCGGCCAAGACUUCGCCCCGAAGCGAAGGGCCUCUAUCCUGGGGGAUACUAGCCCAAGCUUCGAGCGUCGGCUCGAUGGGUAAGAAGCCGGCCGAUUGGUUGCGAGGAUCUUUACUGAGGUGCCUGGCCAGCCACAAAGGGGGCCCCAGACCGGCGAAUUCGAGCGCUAGCAUUAGCAUAGUGUACCCGAGCGUGGAUGACGUGAUGAAGGGUUAUUACGGGGCCGAAAGUGGCGGUUGUUUGCCCUAUUCGAAGGCCACCAACGAGAAGCAAAGGUGGCUGCAGGAGUUGGGGUAUUUGUAUAAAUGGAAGGCGAGCGCGUUCGGAAGGACUCGGGCUAUGCCCCACGUUAAAACGUACUGUCGGGUGUCGCCUUGUUUGGGUAAAUUGGCCUAUUUUUUGAUUACCAGCGCUAAUUUGUCGAAGGCGGCUUGGGGGGGCCCUUUUGCGAGGGAUUCGGGUGUUUAUGUUCGGUCGUACGAAGUAGGCGUGCUGUUUGUGCCGAGGUUUUUCGACGAGGAAUAUUUCGAGAUUUCUGAUGGUGAUGAUAGGAAGAAUAAGGCUUUGUUUCCGUUUAUGUACGAUUUGCCGCUUACGCCGUAUAAAAAGGACGAUUAUCCGUGGUGUAAUUAGUGCUGUUACGUUUUGGUUUUUGUAUUGUUUUGAAUAUAUUUUUUUCUACUUUUUAAUUGGUUUGUUAAUUUUGACAGUAUUGAUAGAUCUACGAAGAAUUAUUCCGAGAUUUCUGAUGGUGAUAAUAGGAAGAAUAACGUUUUGUUUCCGUUUAUGUACGAUAUCAGUUAUGUAAUUACUUCUAUUACGUUUGUUUUUGUAUUGUUUUGAAUAUAUUUUAUUCACUAUUUGCGUAUAAAACUCAAUGUGUGGCAACAGUGGAAGUAACAAACUUUGACAGUAUUGACACUAUUGACAGAUCUAGUACCAACUUUUACUCUUUAUUGUUUGUUUUAUGAUAUGAAGUACUUUUGCGUACUUUGUACAAGUUUUGUACUUUUAUCUCGUAAAAAUACGCGAUUAUCUGAUUAUGACUAAGAUCAUUAAUUUUGUGAUUACCAGACGACUUUUACUGAUAAUGUAUCUCCAUUGUAUAUAAAUAAAGAGAUGAAGUAGUUUAAAAAGUGUUGGUUAACAUGCGUAUGUGUUUGUGGGUACUUCACAGGCGGCCAUUGUGUUAAAAUAUUGUAUGAAAUAUUAGUAGAAAUAGUGCAAUAUUUCUACAAAUGCGUUUAAUUUUGUCGAAAGAAUUAAGUUUUAAAGCAAAUUUAAUUGAAAUCAUUGAUGGGUCCAACGCAAUCAAUUCAUUAUUAUACUGUAUAAAAUAUUAGUAGAAAUAGUACAAUAUUUCUACAAGUAAGGUGCUUUUAAUUUUGUCCGAAGAAUUAAUGUUUAAAACAAAUUGAAAUCAUUGAUAGGUCAAACGCAAUCAAUUCCUGAUUCAACUGAUGAUUCAAAACAGGUACACUUUUCAAAUUUGAAUAAUAAUAUAAAAGGAGAAAUGGAAGUACAGAAAUUAGAAGUUUCCACCCAAUCUGUUAAUGGUGUUAAUUCAAAAAUGACAAAUAAUACUGAUAAUGAUGCAAAAUCUAUCAAAAAGAAGCCUUGUCCCUAUUCCAAGUGGUGUUACAUCAAAACAAAAAUUCACUUUGAGUUGUUCGAACAUGCCCAUUUGUUAGAUCUAUUAGAAAUGGACGAUCCAGCGAAAGUACUAAAAGAUUUUCCAAGGCCCAAAAUCGUAUAUUUAGACCAAAUUAAUAUAAUGAAAUCAUUAAGAUCUUCAACACCAUCACUUAAAGCUUCAGAUUCGAAAGAACCAAUCAAUUUUACAACUGCCAAAAAUACAAAUAAUAAUGUAAAUGGAAAUACUAAUAUUGAAACAAAACGGAAAAAUGUACCUUCUUCGAGUGGUAUUAAAGGAAGUACAAAAAAGAAACCCUGCGAUUUUUCAACGAGAUGUCUUCUCACUAAAAUUCAGCAUUUUCAAGAGUUCGAACAUUCUCAUUUGUUGCCACUUCUUCAACAGCAAGAUCCAAUAAAAAUUCCAAGUCAUUUUCCAAGGGCCAAAGAAGUGUAUUUAAAGCAAAUAGAAAUCAUGAAAUCUUUCAUGGUUCCAAAACAAUCAAUUCCUGAUUCUACUGUUGAUUCAAAACUGGUACUAGUACCCUCUUCAACUUUGAAUAAUAAUAUAAAAGAAGAAAUGGAAGUACAAAAAUUGGAAGUUUCCACCCAAUCGGUUAAUGGUGUUAAUUCAAAAAUUGCAAAUUUUACUAUUAAUGAUGCGCAACAUAUCACAAAGAAACAUUGUCCCUUUUUCAAUAGCUGUUGGGUAAGAAGAAGAGAUCAUUUUGAGAUGUUCCAACACUACCAUUUGUUACCACUAUUAAAAAUGGACGAUCCACAAAUACCAAAACAUUUUCCAAAGUCUAACAAAGUAUAUUUAGAUCAAAUAGAAAUUAUGAAAUCGUUGAUGGCUCCAACACAAUCAAUUCAAGAUUUGGAUUCGAAGCAACCAAUCAAUUUUACUACUACUACUAAUAAUAUUGAAAAUGGAAAGACUUUUGAUAAUGCUAUGAGGGAACAAAUAGAAAUAGAGAAAUCGAUAUUAUUGGUUCAGCCACAAUCAAUUUCUGAAGCAAAUUUUAAUUCUAACGAGGCAAAUUCUUCAUCUUUUGAAAGUAAUAAUGGAGAACAUGAGACCACUUCUGAUGAUGAUGUAAAAUUAGGAAUAGAUGUACAGAAAUCAGUAGUUGCAACCAAAACAGUUAUCGCUGAUGAUGUUAAUUCAAAACGGAAAAAUAUAUCUACUUCAAGUAAUAUUAAAGGAAGUAUAAAAAAGAAACCUUGCUAUUAUUCAAUAAAUUGUCUUAAUACGAACGUUCAGCAUAUUCAAGAAUUCGAACAUUCUCAUUUGUUGCCAUUUCUUCAAAUGCAAGAUCCAAUAGAAAUUCCAAGUAAUUUUCCAAGGGCCAAAAAAGUGUAUUUAAAGCAAAUAGAAAUCAUGAAAUCAUUGAUGGCACCAACCCAAUCAACAGAUCAAAUAUUGUUCCAAUUAGGUCAACUCUAUCCCCAUCACAAGACGUUUUUCACUCCAGAAGAAAACGACGAUCACUUCACCAGACACGAAACAAUCAUCAAAAUCGACGAUGAAAUGUUCCACGGAUCCGGACCGAGUAAAAAAUCCGCAAAAAAAUCGGCCGCCAUUAAAGCUCUAUGCAAGCUCGCCGAUUACGAAGCUCGCUUCAUUCGCAACACUUACCAAUCCUCAACCGAAAUCAACCAAAAACUCGCCGAUGCAAUCGGAGGAUUAAUCCAGAACAAAUUCGCCUCUCUAAUGAACAACGAUCCCGCCCACGCUAAGAGAAAAGUACUAUCCGGAAUAGUAAUGACGAUCAACGAAGACCUGGACAAUGAAAACUCCCGAGUAAUAUGCAUAACGACCGGCACGAAAUGCAUCUCUGGCAAACACAUCGACCUAUCCGGUGGUUCCCUCAACGACAUGCACGCCGAGAUACUAUCCAGAAGAUGUUUGUUGUACUAUCUCUACGAUCAAUUGGAUCUCUUCGACUCCGCCGAGCCUCACCGAUCGAUCUUCCAGAAGAAAGUAGAUGGUGAAGGAUUUAAAUUGAAGGAUGGAGUGGAUUUCCAUUUGUUCAUCAGCACAGCCCCCUGCGGAUUGGCUAGGACCUACAAUUUCGGAAACACUGCCUCCAACGAUUCGAUAAAAUUAAACGAGAAAUUGAGGAUGAAACUGGAAGGAGGCGAAGGGAGCAUACCGGUAGAAAACGAUACUAAAAUUCAAACAAUGGACGGUAUUAUUCUUGGAGAAAGAUUGUUAACGAUGUCUUGUUCGGAUAAAAUCUGCAAAUGGAACGUGUUGGGCGUACAAGGAGCUCUCCUGUCGCGAUUCAUCGAACCGAUUUAUCUGAAAUCCAUUAUAGUGGGUAGUUUGUUCAACGAAAACCAUUUGUACAGGGCCGUAUCGGGGAGGAUCGAGUCGAUUUUGGGGGAUUUACCUUCGGGUUUUCUGUUGAAUAAGCCGAGUUUGUUGACUCUUACUUGGCCUGAAGACAGGGUGAUCGAGACGUCGCCGGCGUUUUCUGUAUUGUGGGUAGAAGGUUUGGGAAAACCUGAAAUUGUGAUUUGUAAAACGGGGAGACUCGAAGACGAGGGUGUUUCGAUUGUGUCUAAGAAAUGUUUGUCGAGCAGGUUUAGUAAGUUGUUUGGGAAAUUUUCUGGUUUAGGCGCGCCUCGUACUUUGUGGGACGCCAAAAAUCUGGAUAAUGAUUAUAAUGAGGCUAAAAAGUGUUUGUAUGAUUCGUUCGUUAAAGGCCAAUUAGGUCGUUGGGUUUCUAAACCUCACGAACAAGAUAGGUUCUUUUUGUGAUGAUUUUUGAAAUACUUACUGUGACUAAAAUAAGCAAAUGACAUUUUUAAAUUUAAUUAUUGUAUAUUUUAUUACAUUUUAUUAGUAUCUUGUUUUAUGAUGGCCAAAAGUAUACCGAUUUUUUACUGAAUUUGUAUUAAUGUUUGUUAGAAGAGUAUAAAUGAAU